UUGACAUAUUUGACGGGAUGGUUUUUUAGUGCUUUUUAAUCAACAUAAUUUUUAUAUUUUACUAUUAAAAGGCACUUUCUUUUCAAAUUGUUAAGAAAGCGGUCAAGUUGUGUGAUGAAAAUUUCAAGUUAACAUGGGCGACGGAUUAAAAAUAACAAAAGAUAAGCGUCAUAGAAGUUCUAGUAGUCUUGCAGGAGGAAAUAUUGAAGGGACACGUUCCGAACGAAAAUUGGAUAUAAGGGCAUCGAUACCGGAGGUAGACGAUCAAUUCACAUUAGCCGAAGCGAGGUGCGAUGAUUUAAAAGAAAAAAUUGAUACCGUCAAAGGUCUUAAAAGAAGGCGAAAACUUAAAAAACGGAGCAUGACACGCGUUAGUGAACAGGCUGUCACUGGUGAACAUAUUCCCUUUAUAAGUGUUCGGACACAGCCAAAAAAGAUUUUGAUGGUUACAGAAGUGUCCCCGCAGGCUGCUAGGUUGAGAAGACUGGAAUUGCCGGCUAACCCAACCCGUGGCUAUUUAGAUCCGGCUAUGGUCGAGCAGCACGAAAUGGUUGGACAGGUGCGGGGUUACAACCAGAUGUUUCGUCAGCCGCAGCGAGUUCAAGUAAGUUCAGCAAAUAAAUCUCCGAAAUCAAGACCGAUGUCCCGAGGUCAUCCUGAAGGAGAUGCUGUGUAUGAGAUUGAUUCAUCGACCGACAAAUGUGAGCCUCAAGAGGUGGCCUGCGGUGAUGAUGAAGUGAUCCAGGAUAAUUCUGACCACAAUGACAGUCAUCACUACUAUGAUCAUUUCCCCGGGAACAUAACGGUUAAGAAGAAAAAAGGCGAAACAAAAAAGGUAUAUGGUGCACGUCGACGUAGUAAGGAUCAAGUUAAAGAUAUGAAUCUUUUAAUAGGUUCGGGGGUGAGUCAAGAAGAGGAGAGACCUGUUGUGGAACUAUUUAAUAAGAGCCGUGGAAGCACCUCGCCGGAGUCGUGGCAACGACAUCCGUUUCAAAAAACUGUUAUGCCUGAAUAUGAGAAAAAGAGAGCUCGUGGAGAUGGUAAUGAUGAAGUCGGGAGAAAAUCUCCAGACCGACGAAAUCUGCCAGAGCAGCAAUCUGAAGAUAACAGAACUGAAGAUGGGAAAACUGCAAAUAUAGAAAAAAAGAAAAAGCUUGUCCAUCGCCGUGUUAAUUACCGCGGCCACCACUAUGAGAUGCCGACUGUUGCAUCUCAGAUGAAGCAAGCUGGCAUGCGGUGCUACUAUGAGCAGCGUUGUACCUCGAAUAUACCAUUUAUUGUCAGCAAGAGCACGGCACCCUCACAUAACAUUGGUGUUAACAUUCAGCAGGUCCUAAAUGGUAUGAAAAUUCAACAGCCGGUCUCCGGAAUUCCGUUUACUAUGGCUCAUCAUAUGGGAUUGGGUUACUUAUCAUCAACUGCACCGAGAAGCGCAGUUCUAUCAUUGGAUAAUCGAGAGAUGAAUGCUAUUCGAGUUGGAAGGCGUUUAGUUCGGCUACCGUCAUAUAAAAGGAUGGUAAUGCCCUACAACCGUCUCCUCCACAUGUACAGUGAAGGGGAUGGUAUGGUGCCACGUUUUCUUCGUGCAAUGAGUCGACCCAACUACAUAUAUACUUCAAUGUAUAACAGUCUAUCGAGGAACAGAGAUGACGCAACAUCCAAGGGCCAUAGCGAGAGUCUCGAGGCCAAGCAAAGUUUGGCAAUAUACGCGAAAUUGUACAGAGAGUAUGAAAGAAUAUGCAAAAGUCUCGAAGACAAGAAUGAUCCGGACCUAGACAGCCGUAAACAACAGCUGAUGAGGGAACUCACUGCGCGUGCUGAACAGAUUGGGAAGGUUGUGGACGAGCAGGAGAAACUAAUCGAUCCACUAUUGAAAGCAUCUGCAUCAAACGAAGAUGGUCGUUAAGGCAAAAUUGUUUAUUUUCUAAAUUACAAGUAGUAUUGUCAACCGUAUGACAGUUUUUAAUUUUGCGCUUAUAGAGCAAGCUUCAAUAAUGUCGCUGCUAUGAGAUAAAACAUACAUAAAAGCAUCGACGGAGUCUUAAAGUAAUGGAUUGAUUGAUCAGAACACCAGACGUUCAUAGCAGCCAUUUAAAAAUUGACAUAUAUUAUUGAACUGUAAUAGGUGUAGCUAAGAAAAUAACGGAAAGGGAUAUUUUUAAAUUUGGUAUUUUUU